CACACACAUACACAGAAGGGGAUCGGGAGACAGUCGCAGCAGGAGUUUAUCGGGUGUUUUCGGGGAGAUGCUGUCCCCACCGAGGAGAUGGAUCAGGGACCAGUCUCCGAGCUCUGUCGCCUCGUGUGUGAGGAGGGGGCUGUGCAGCAGGCGUCACUCUCUGUGGAUACUAAUCAUCCUGCUCGUGGUCUGCAUUGCCAUUCAGACCUUUGUAGCCCGCCAGGCCAGGAAUGACAAGCAGACAGGACUCCCACAUCUGAGAUUCACUGUCAACAAACAGCACCUGUUUCCUACGGUGCAAAAUGUCUGGGAAGGCAUCCAAUCUGCACUUGCAUCAAAGACGGACAUGAAGUCACCACAGACAGACAGAACUGCAGAUAUUCGCCAACAGAAUGAGGGGUAUCGAAAGCAACUGGAUUAUAUUCUGUCAAAACAUGUGGACAACCUCGCUGCAGACUCUCAAACUGAGGCAAGGAGAGUCUCUGCUGCGAAGCUGCUUCUACCAAAACACGCAGCAAGUCUUGGACUUCCAGUUCCUUUGGCGCUCAACAACACUAGGGACAUUUUUACUCCAGACACUCACAAUCCAUCCAGUUUUUUAAAGGCUCACAUCGACAGUGUAUCUACCAAGGCAACCUGCCACCCAAAGUCUCACAUUGUUUUCCUGAAGACACACAAAACAGCAAGCAGCACCAUCUUAAACAUACUGUAUCGCUACGGAGAAAGCAGGAACUUGACUUUUGCUCUCCCUCUGAACAAACACAGCCAGCUGUUUUACCCUUUCCUCUUUGCUUCAAAUUUUGUGGAAGGUGUCAGCAGCCGAAGUGUGAGGGAGUUCCACAUUAUGUGCAACCACAUGAGGUUCAGAAAAUAUGAGGUUGCAAAAGUGAUGCCUAGGGAAACCUUCUACUUUUCCAUCCUGAGGAAUCCUGUGGCCAUGAUGGAGUCCAUCUUUAUCUAUUACAGAAGCAUCCCAGCCUUCCACAAGACUCACAGCCUGGACAACUUCCUGAACAACAGCUGGAAAAGUUACAACUCAUCGGUGACCAACAACCACUACGCUCACAAUAUCUUGGCUUUUGACUUUGGCUUUGACAACAACGUCGCACCCGGUGCUGAAGACCUGGAGGAGAGAACCAGCGCGGCCAUUGCAGCCAUCGAACGAGACUUCCACCUUAUUCUCAUUUCUGAAUACUUUGAUGAGUCCAUGAUCCUGCUCAAGCAUGCCCUCUGCUGGUCCCUGGAAGAUAUUGUUUCUUUUAAGCUCAACAGUCGAAGUGAAAAAACACGCCACCAACUUUUACCAGAAACUGCAGAGAAGAUCAAGAGGUGGAAUGCUUUGGACUGGAGGAUAUACCUGCACUUUAAUGCCUCAUUCUGGCACAAAGUGGAUAGUCUUGUUGGACAAGAGCAGAUGAAGAGAGAAGUAUCUCAGUUGAGAGAGCUACAGACUGAGAUGGCUAACAGCUGCUUGAAAGAUGGCGGGGCAGUUGACCCGUCCCAGAUAAAAGACGUCGGGCUGAAGCCGUUCCAGUAUGGAGCAGCUGUAAUUCAGGGAUAUAACUUAAACCCAGACUUAGACAGACAGACCAAAAUUAAAUGUCAAAGACUUAUAACUCCAGAACUGCAGUACACAGACCGUUUAUACACCCAGCAGUUCCCAGAGCUGGCUGCUAAGCAUAGGCAAGAAACUAAGGCGGUGCCUCCACGGCGCCAGCGCUCUGACAGGACUGGUAGGGCUAUACCUGGAAGAGCCGGGGCAAGGGAAGCCCAUUACAGACAGACGAUAAGACGCAAAUUCUCUAAUAUCAAGAACCAAAAGGCUCCAAGUGCCCUGUUAACCCACCCUGACGCUAACAACAAUACAAGUAUGCCAUGAUUGGUCACUGCGACUAACUGUCAUGGUAAAUGUUUGUUUAAUGGUUGUUCUAAAAUCACACUCCCAUGGCAGUGUCCAUCAUAUCCCACAAAAUGAAAGUGUUACGAUGGACCAAACCACACAUUGUUUUGCAUUUGUUAUAGCCUUACAAAUACAGAAGCUAAACAUGUAAAGCUCUUCUUUAAGGUUAUGACACAGGAGUUGUUACAUGUGUUAAGUUAAGUUCAUUUAAUGUCAGUUAGGUUAUACUUCACUUUAUUGUCAUUUCUACUCACUAACAGUUAGAAAUUGAUGAUAAAAGCAACCAUUUUUUGCCAGUACCUCUAUUCCAUCUCAAGUUAAUACAAUUCUCUUGUCUAUUCCAUAUAAUGUUAUAACUCUCCAGCCCAUUUGACCAACUAUCACACAAAGGACAACACCAUGGUACUCCUAUUCAUUCAUUGCACAGCAAUAUCUUACAGUACCAGAAACUAAGCAGGCGGUGGGGGGACUAGAGUGUUUAUAACUAGUGCUUAUAAAGCCAACGCUAAUUGUUUUUCUACUAUUUCAACCAAUCGAUCCAAGAUCCAUAGUAUUGCCUUAGACCCACCCAUAUUUUAAAGCCUUGGAUUAAACGUCACACUUCCUACAGAGCAGAGAACAUCAACAGCACACUUGGCAGACUACAGUAAAAUAGCAAUUCAGGAAAUAUUACAUUAUUUUAUCAAUAAAUCCACAACAAUAUGAGGCUAUGAUGUGUUCAGUCAAAUCACUUGUGUAAGAAAUUCAUCAGUUAGAUAAGUUGAGUAAAACUCUUUACAGUGACUCUUCAACUGUUUCAUGUCCGAGGUCUGUUCACAUGUUGUUAAAUGUGUCAACGGACCAGAUGUUUAAACAGCAGUUUCUACCAGCCUCCCUCUGCAGAUUUCAUCACAGAGUUGUUCAUAAAUUCACAACAUAUCUGACAUCGUAAGAGUACAUGAUGAAUAAAAGUAUUCUGAUUAUGAAAGGGUAACUUACGUUGUUACAGGCUGCAAUGUGGAGUGGUUGGACAGAGCAACGCUAUCCCUACCACUAGCAAUAGCUUACAUAUGAGUCUUUAAGUAAAAACGGGUAAAAUGAAGCAUCUGCUGAUACAAUUGCAUAAUAAUACAGGGCCUGGACCAGGUGCAUGUCAUAAGACUGGCAGUCUCACACAACAAUGUACCAGUUGUCAGAAGACUGACGUUUAAGCCAACAGUCUAAAAGGCUAACAUGAUCAAAUGCACCUUUACAGUAGUCUCUGUGAGACCUGGAGCACAGCCUGGUGAUGUGCAGGAGAAUCCUCUGUGGGUAUUGAGGAGGAUCAGGUUCAGGCAUCCAGCCUUCAGUCCUCUGAAGGAUGUCUCGUUGCAGGCUUAGACCUUCCAAGAAGGCAGAGUCUGGUGUGGAACUGAUUCACAAAGAGGGGAUAUUAUUUUUGUGGUAUACUCAUU